AUGUCCAGCGCCCUUAUCUGCGACGCGUCCUUCGCUCUCAGCCAAGGACUCGGGGCGCGGCCUUACAUUCUGAUUAAUAAAAAUGGAAAUGAUGGGAAAGCUCGAUUGAAGUUACCACAAGCUAAUAAUGCCCAGUAUGGCAGCGUAGAUGUUCCUAAAUUACUCUUUUCUAUUACUCCCUUAUAUGUAUGGAUACUUAAGGCUGGGCGCUGUUACGAUCACAAGGAUAUUAGCUUUCCGACUUCAAAGAAUCAAGUACAGGGCCUCUUGAUUGGCUUGGCAUUCGCGGGGACAGUCACUCACCCGGGAUUCCCUCUCAAAAGUUCCCUCAGUCAGUCACCUCUCGGAGUCGAGGCCGCCGGGCAGGGUCGUCUCGCCUCAAGUCUUCAAGAUUUAGGUCCCAUUUCCUCGGCGAAGGGUCGAGGGAGCCGAGGCGGUCGAGGAGGAGCGAUGAAGGUCGUGGUGACGGGCGGCGGAGGCUACGUGGGCUACCACGUGGGCUGGGCCAUCGCUCGCGGGGGCCACGAGGUCUCCCUGCUCGACGUCGCUGCGCCCGACCCCGAGUGGGCGACGACGGCUCCAGAGGCGCUCCACGAUGCUCUGCCCGACGAUUUCUGGACAGGCGAAGUCUCCCAAGGGUCAUUGGAGCACGUGAUGUGUGACGUCACGGACCUGGCCUCCCUUACCAGGCUAAUGAAGGGAGCGGCUGCAGUGAUACACACAGCAUCCUACGGAGUGUCCGGGAAGGAACAGCUGAGUCCCCACUUCGACCAGCAAGAGAGAGUCAACGUGGAAGGAACGAGAGCCGUCUUGAGUGCGGCGCUGGCUACGGGGGCCAUCGCCGAGAUGUUGGUCCUGAUGGCGAACGGGCGAAUGGGCGCCGCCGCGGGGUCCUCGCCCGCCCUCGACGGCCCCUCCGCCCCCCCGGCCGCGCCCCUCAGGACCUGCUCGCUGAGGCUCAACGGCGUCAUGGGCCUGGGGGAGAGGCGCCACUCCAGGAGGGUCAUCGAAGCAUUCAGAUCAGGUCUCCUCAUUUUCACCUAUGGAAGGAAGGAUGCCAUUGUCGAUUUUGUCGGGAUACAGAACGUGGUCCAGGCGCACGUGAAGGCCAUGGUGGCCCUCCUCCGCGAGCAGACAGCGGCUCCCAGCGAGGCCUCGCCGGGUCCUCCCUCGGUGCCCUGUGACCCUCUGUCUCCUCCUUGUUCCUCCUCGAGCGUCGCCGGCCACGCCUUCUUCAUCAGCGACGGAAGGCCGGUCAACCACUUCGAGUACUUCCGGCCUUGGUUCGACGGGCUCGGCCACGCCUUCCCCGUCCUCAACCUGCCGUUCGCCUUCAUCCUCGCCUUCGCCUAUCUGCAGGAGUUCGCCUACCGCCUCGUCUACUGGCUGUUUCCCUUCACGCCCUUUGUCACGCCCGCGGAGGCCUACAAGUCUGGCAUUGCGCACUAUUUCAGCUGCAGAAAGGCGGAGCUGAUGUUUGGUUAUAGGCCUACGCGACCGAAUGACCAAACACAGGCUGUGGAGUAUUAUGUCAGGAAAGGUUAUGUUAGGUCCAGUCCAAAAGGGAUGUCGACUUUGGCAGUUAUUUUAGGGGCAGUGUUAUGUUUACUUUUUGGCCUUGUUUUGUUUAAAUGUCAAUAGAUUAGUUUCAUGUUUCAAGUCGAGGUUAAAAGAAUUAAUACUAUUUCAUACGCUUUACUAGACAAAUAUGUGUUUAGCAAAGUACUUUUUCAGCACAACCUGUUUUGAUAUUGCUUACUGCAUAUAUUACAUUCAACUUUGUUCUCUAUUUGUUUCUUAAUAAACCCGUUUUUUCCUCUGUUGAUAA